GUGUGGACGGACGUGGGCCUACGUCACUGGCGCCCCAGAUAGGCGUGCAUAAAGUUCACCCCGCGUGGUGGCUUGACUCAGAAGUUCUGCAGAAAGUUUGUGCACAACUUGUUCUACUGCAUAACCAUGCGUUGUUCAGCAGCUCUCUUUCUCAUCGGUAUCUUUGCCGUAAGUUUGGCGGCACCGGUCGCGGAGGAUCCUGCCCCAGAUGAAGAACCGGACCGGUCCGAAGAAUCAGAGAGCGUUGAGAUGGAAAUGCUUGAUCCCCCCGAAGCCCCCGAACCAGGGGAUGGGGAGGAGUACGAGGGAGAAACCGACGACGAUUCCGAGAUGUACGAACCGCCUCCACCACCGCCUGAAGAUGAGUGGGAAGAGGAUGAAGAAGAAGAGAGCUGGGAUGAGAGAUGGGACGCAGAAGGAAACCUUGAGGAACCUGUGUCGUCUGACGACUCCGAGCCACCUCAAGAAGAAGACGAGGAAGAACCACAACCUGAGGGAAGGUCCGCAGUGUUUCCCUCGGCAGAAGAGGAGGGGAACUCUACCGAGGUAGACGAGGAAGGCAGUGGGGACAACCUCGUACCGCUCCCGAUCGGCAUCGAACUGCCGCCAGAUCCGGAGUUCAACUCCAACUACACCAUCGACGAGACCCCUCCCGUGGACGGGAAUUCCACAGACGAGGAUGGACCGUCGGUUUUGGACAGCAUUAUUGAGAUCAACCAGAACGCAGGAUUGUUUAAUGGAAUCCCAGACGGUCGCUCAGUGUGCCCUGAGUUCGAGUGCGAGCUGUCCUGCAUGUUUGGGUACGAGACUGCGGAAGAUGGCUGCCCCAUGUGUAGCUGUGUUCCAGAUGGCGAAGAGAAGCUGUUUGAGGGUGACAUCACCCUAAAUGCCGACACCAAAGAGUACCUCCGGAAGGUGAUCGACAGUGACGGGCGUGGUGCCAGUAGGAGGCCGCUGUGGACAGGGCGAACGGUCCCGUACACCUUCAACAGGGUAGUCGCCUAUAACUCAGCCAAGUCCAACGCCAUCAAUGCCGCAAUCCGGCAGUUCCACAGCCGAACCUGUAUCCGCUUCGUGCGCAGGACCAACCAGAGAGACUACAUCGAGUUCGCCAGUCUUGGAGGGUGCUUCUCUAACGUGGGCCGUAACGGAGGGAGGCAGCAGGUUUCCAUCGGUAACGGCUGUGAGCAGGUCGGCACGGUCAUUCACGAGAUCCUACACGCGCUCGGCUUCUGGCACGAACAGUCCCGACCUGACAGGGACAGCUAUGUCCGCAUACAGUGGGCAAACAUCCCGCAAAGUGUGCGCUACAACUUCCAGAAGUAUACCAGUCGCGAAGUCAACUCUCUCGGGUCUGCCUACGACAUCGGUUCCGUCAUGCACUACGGCAGCUACGCCUUCAGUUUCAACCGUCGUCCUACCAUCACUGACACGGCCGGCCGACCAAUCACUACUCAGAGGAGAGGUUUCAGCAAUUCCGACUUGACCCAGUUGGCGGCGCUUUACCGGUGCAGCAACACAGGCGGUGGCGGUACCGGAACUGGCGGUGGUGGUACCGGAACUGGCGGUGGCGGCACCGGGACAGGAAACGGAAACUGUGUCGACCGGAACAACAACUGCAACUCGUGGUCCCGCCAAGGUUACUGUGCAUCCAGUCGGUACCGCCAGUACAUGCAGACCAACUGUCGCAAGGCCUGCAACCUCUGCUCCGGAACCGGUACCGGAGGCGGUGGUACCGGAACCGGAGGCGGCGGUACCGGUACCGGAGGUGGCAACUGCAGAGACAGCAACAACAACUGCCCGUCCUGGUCCAGGCUAGGGUACUGCCGUACCGGAUCCUACGUUCAGUGGAUGCGCACCAACUGCCGCAGGAGCUGCCAGCUGUGCAGCGGCGGUACCGGUACCGGUACCCGUCCUAACCCGACCAACAACAACUGUCGUGACAAAAGCAACCACUGUGGUUACUGGUACCGCACUGGAGAGUGCACCAAGAACCCUACCUACAUGCGAGAUAACUGUCGUAAAAGUUGCCGCUUGUGUUAAAGGCCUAUAAUGUAAAAUUUUGGUCCCAAAAAUUACAAAAAUUCUCGAAAAAGGAUAAAACCUUCAUUUGAAUGUAAAAGCCAUUUUGAAGCAUAUUUUGUAUAAUUCUUUCGAAUUUGUGGUAUUUUAAGACUAUACAAAGCAAGCUGUACACGGUCUGCUAAGUUUUUGAAACCAUCUCAAACUAGACCCUCCUUUCAUAAACAACAUACUGUACAUUGGUUUGAAAAAUCACAUUUAAAAAAAUGUCUGUAUGGUGCAAUGAUGCUGUAAGCUCUCUUCCUGAAUAUUGUUACUAGUAUGCAAUUUUUUAGUGUUGAUCUAAAUUAGUAUGUAAAUAAUGAUAGGAGAAUCAACUUUCCAUAUUGUCCUAAUGUUACAUAAUGAACCUUUAAAGAAUGUGCGAUUGCCAUUUCUGAGUACCCUCCUUUUUGUACUAUGUGUAACCGAUCCCUUGUAUUUGUACACAUUUACGCUGCUCAAAUUAUGUCUAGUGUUAUGAAAAAUGUUGUCGAUGAUGACGCUGUGGAAAAUCAGAGAAGAAAAUGUUAAAGAAAAACCACCAUUA